AUGUCUAUCGACUCGCGGGGGCAGGCACCCCAAGACUACACGCAGCCGAUGCAUUUCCCACCCUUCCCUCAAUACCCACCUCAGAUUCAAGGUCAUUAUCCUAUCCAUUUCCCGUCACCUUAUUUGCUGGAUCCGAGCGGCUCGGGCUAUUACUCACCUCCGUCCUAUCUUGGUGGACGACCUUCGCCCCACCAGCCUGCCUUUCCGCCUUCAACAUGGAGCAGCCCGCCCAUGAGUCCGGUGCAGUCUUACUAUAGGGGACACGGUCGUCAUCAAUCAUUUGCUGAGGAGUCGCCGAACCCUGCACACCACCCUCCGAGCUCAUUCCAGCCAAUGAGCUCCAAUAGACCUUGGCGAGCUCCCGAGCGACGCUCUUGGAGCGGCCCUGGAAGUGAAAGGAUGGAACGUAAAGCUUAUCAUCCACAAGCGCCUGCAAAUCGUUCAGAUUGGGUCAUGUGGGUCGGAAACGUGCCGCCAGGAUCGUCUCAUGAGGAGUUGUGGGGUUUCUUUAAUCAGCCAAUACCUUCCUCGAGAGAACCCUGGAGGGGACCGGCAUCCAUCUUUCUCAUCUCGCGGUCAUCUUGCGCUUUUGUCAAUUUAUCAUGUCAGGAAGAUCUCGACAUAGCUGUUGCCUUCUUCAACAACAAGUCUCUGAGACCGUGGGAUCCUCGUUGUCCCCGUCUGGUCUGUCGAGUGCGUCGAAGAGACGACGAUCUCCGGGCUGGUGUCGGCGCCCAGCGCGGCACGGGCAUGCAUCGUGAUUGGGUCAAGCAGAAACAAGUCGAGGAGGCCGAGCAUUCGCCUCCGCAGAAAUCGACCCACCAAAGCUCGGCGAGCUACGCAAGCACCAACUCUAGCUUUCUGGCGAAGCAUUUUCCCGUUCGAGUGUUUAUUCUCAAAUCUGCGACCAAGACCGAGCUGGAAGACAGCGUGAAAACCGGGACCUGGCGGACUCAAAAGCAUAACGAGCCAAUCCUUGAUCAAGCAUUUCGCACUUCUACGGAUGUGUAUCUGAUUUUUGGCGCGAAUCGGACAGGAGAAUUUUUUGGCUUUGCGAAGAUGAUCGACUACAUUGACAAGGAGCGUUUCGCGAAGAGCAGUGGAAGCUCUAAAGCAUCGCGACCGGAAGCGAUUGUGGAGGAAUCAGACGAUCGUCGAAGAGCUUCGUCGGACCCAGUUCCAUCGACACUUGUUCUGCCUCUUGACACAGCACGUAUCGCGGACACGUCUCCAGCCGAGCUCAGUCCCGUGGCCGAGAAUGUGGUGAGGGAGAACAAGUCGAAUACCGAUCCGAUUGGAUCUCGGGCGCACAAGCAAUUGGAAGCGAGAGCGAAGACUCAGCCUUCGUAUUUCGACAUUCCAGAGCACGAUACUCAACGGGCCGAUCAAAUUGGAGCUCAAAAGGUAGAGGCAGAUACAAACGAGGUGGACAAGGAUGGCGUUCGCCGUCGUGAUACCAUCUCCCGGGAGGACAAGCCUGCCGAUCUUGAGGAGCUUGGCCAACCUUUUGCUAUCCAAUGGAUCAAGACCGGCUCUCUGCCCUUUGGUCGCACGAAACAUUUGAGGAAUCCGUGGAAUGCUGACAGGGAGGUCAAAGUGUCCAGAGAUGGAACGGAAGUAGAGCCAAACGUUGGCUUACAGUUCAUGGCCGAAUGGGACAAGUUAUCAACAACCGUCACGUUGUCAUCCUCGCCGUCUGCUGGAGCCCCGACUUAUGCGUCGGUGUAA